AUGGAACAAGGAAAUCCAAACCAAGAGUUAAAAGUGAACUACGCACCAGCAAUAUACGGUGACACUUUUUGGCUGCAAUCAUUUGGACGCGUAAUAAUAAUUCUUUGGCAAAUGCCAAAAUUUAUGUGUUACUAUACAGUUUUUGCUUCGUUUUAUUUUGAAUUUGAGGGCAAUUUCCUAGUACAAGCCCCCGGGGGCUUAUAUUUGGGGGAGCGAUUUAACGGAGGAUUUUUUGCGUUACGAGUUUGGGGGACUUAUAUUUAGAGGGGCUUAUACAUCGAGGGACUUAUUUUGCGCAUUUGACCGUAUGCCAUAGCUGGGUUUAUGUUCAACUCUAAUGUUUUCUGCAAAUUCCUCCAUUUUUAAUUACUUUAUCUUUCAGACCAUGUUUUAGUUGGUCAUGUCGUGAGUACAUCAACUGUCGUUGACGAGUUUGAAUGUCACCAAAAUUGUCUCAGAAAUGACAGCUGCAAGUCGUUUAAUGUUCAUCCUGGUGCAGAUAUUGCAAAACGAUUUUGUGAGCUAAACAACGAAACACGGAAGAUGAAGCCGGAUGAUUUUGUUGAGAAGAAAGAAUCUUCUUAUUACGAACAAGUUAAGGUGAGGUCCACUGUUUGAACAUGAAUUACCUCUUGUUUUCAAAACUGCUGUUUUAAAAAACCUUAACUCUAAAAAACUAGUGUAAACACUUGUUUAUGACGGUCACCUUGUUUGGUUUUUUCGGAAUUUAUUUUCGUCAAAUAGGCAAGUAUUUUAAAAUCUCUUAGCCUUUCUGGUUCAUAUUCUGUGGAGUAUCAAGGUCUUCUCAUUAAUUACCUGUUGUUUUUGCAGAACACUGACAUCGCUAAAUGGUACUUUUGUCGACUGAUUUUUAAAUAAUAAUUUGUCGUACAGUUUUGCCUGUGUCUUAAAGUACAUAUUUGUUUUUACUCACACGGUAAAUAUCGCGUAUGGUAGGAAAUAGAAAGAAAGUAUAUUAACAUAUUUAACAAUUAUUGAAUGCGACUGAGUAUCAUCUGAAGAAUUAUAGAGAUCGAGGAGGGUGUUGUCUACCUUGACUGUUAGCCAAUCAGAAACGAAAAAAUAUUUGCAAUAACGAUAUUUAUUUAUAUGACUUCUAAAGCAAAAAAAGUGAUAAAAACUACUGAGCAUGCGAUGACGUCAUCGGCAGUUCUCCUCUAUUAUUUUAAAAUGUCUCUCAUUUCAAUUCGUUAUUUUCUUCUCAGGUUUCCUGCCAAGAUUUCCCCACCAACAAGAAAAAACAAACUGGUCAUUGUCAUUAUUUUAAAUUUUAUUUUGCAAUUGCUUCACGGCGGAGGAAAUAUUUACCAUAUAUAGUGAUUUGUUUUAUUUUCUGCUGCAGCAAAGCGAGGCUGGAAUUCCAAGCAGCCUGCUUAUUCCUGUAAGAGCAUCCGGGACUCUGGUGACUCCAAAGGAGACGGGAGGUACUGGAUCGACCCUGCGAACAGUGGAAACUCGUUGAAAGUUUACUGUGACAUGACAACUGAUGGAGGUGAGAUCUGCUCCUAAAAAAUCUGAAAUCGUGAGCAAUUAUUAUUCAUUCAAAACACUUCUCCGUUUCUGAUUGGCCUAAAUACUUCGGCUUAUUCUUUACAAAAAGGUACCAUUAUCAAGUUUCAAUUGUACCGAUAUAGUUUGAGUGAGGGACAGCAGAACGCGCAGUAGUUCAGCUGUUUUAGGAAAGCUGAGGAUUUUUCUUUCCUCCAGGGAACACUCUCUAACUUGGCCAAGACAAGUAUGUGCCGCUGAACAGGGUAUGGUUUUCAGGGUAAUGCAAUUUUACUAAUUUACGUCUUGAACAAGGUGCUUCUCGGAUUGGAAGCGAAGGUUGGCUAUGCGCGGUCUACAUGAGAGGUACCCACAAUAUUUUUUCAAAAAACUGUAAUAUCUUUAUGUUGCUUUAAAAAUCACUUUUAAAUUUCUUGUGUGAAACGAAAUGAGUCGGAGUCGUGAAAGAAGGUCUCAUGUCUUUCACAUGGUAGCAAAAUAAAAGAUUUAUUGUGUUAAACUGGGUCAGGGUUUGAAGGGGUCGGAGGCGCCUCUCCAAACUCCCCCUCCCGGAGGAUUUCACACGUUUUGCGUAAGAGACAGACGAACUACUGUCUAACAAAGUCAUUCAAUCAAUGA